UGUGGUAGAAAAGCUGGAAGGUAGAUUUCCAAAAGAAGAGGAAAUACUAGCAAAAUGUAUCUUACCGGUGAAAUAAUUUUUCUUUCUGCAUUGUUAAUAGGGUUUUUGGCUGGUGGUAUAUCAGAAAAUGAUCCAUUACAAUCUCUUAGAGGCAGUAAUCUGUGAAUGUGUAAUAACUCUGGAAUAAUGUUUUAGUUUUAUCCAGAGUGGGUGGCUAUUGAAGGACAUUUUAUCAUCAUAUCUAAAGGCAUUGUAUACAGAUAGAGAGAGAGAGAGAGCGGGAUGAAACUUUUUGAGUGUUGAGUUAUAAUUUUUUUUAACCCCUGGCAACUUAAAUGUUAACAAGCUGUUUUAGAGCAGUCCGAUGUCAAAUAAAUGAUUGAGGGCAGCAUUAUCAAAUCUACUGGACAUGAGGAUGUUUAACGGUAAUAUCACACUUUUUGGCUGACUCUGGAUCAGCUUCGGACCUGACCCCUCUCCGAGUCACAUCUCUAUUGGAUAGUCCACACAUUUACAAACUGCUUGUUCAAGUGUGUUUGCACAACCUUGCUCACUGUCCCCUUGACCCAGUGUUGCACUAACAAACCCCUUGUGACGGGGGGAAGUUUAGAUAAUGAGGAUGUGUUUGUAGGUCUGGAUACAUGUGGCUUAUAAACUCCUCAUACCUCAGAAUGCCUCUAAAACAACAGACCACUAACCAAAAAUGAAACACUGUGGGUCCUAAAUCAACAACGAAACUGGCACUGAAAAUGAAUGCUACCCCUCUGGAGUCUGAGGCCUGUCAGUCGCUUUUCAGUGUGCCAGGGAUUAAGUAACAAGCUAACCCUGCUGGGUAACUACGAUGAGCAUUACAGGACCCUGGUGAGGAUGUACAGCAACUGCACCAUCGUGCUGGAGAACCUGGAGAUCACUUACGUCCAACAGCACCAUGACCUCUCCUUCCUUAGGAGCAUCGAGGAAGUGAGUGGUUACGUGUUGAUCGCCGUUAACUUCAUCGAAUCGAUCCCACUGGAGAACCUGCGGUUGAUCCGAGGCCACACGCUCUACGAGAACCGAUUUGCCCUCACCGUCAUGUCCAACUACGACCGGAACUUCUCCUCACCCACCAUGAACAUCACCCGUGGCCUCAGGGAACUGCCCCUGCACAGUCUCACAGAAAUCCACAAAGGGGGGGUGAAAAUCACCCACAACCAUCUGCUAUGUAACAUAGACACCAUCCAAUGGAAAGACAUCGUCAACAAUGGAGAUCUGGUGUCCAUCAAAUCAAGUUUUGCCAAUUUUUGCCAAGGUUGUGACUCAAGUUGCUACAAUGGAUCUUGUUGGGCCCCAGGACCUGAAAACUGCCAAACUAUGACGAAGCUGAUAUGUGCAGACCAGUGCUCUCGCCGGUGCAAGGGCCCCAAGCCGAGUGACUGCUGCAAUGAGCACUGUGCAGGGGGCUGCACAGGGCCUUAUGCCUCACAGUGCUUCGCCUGUAAGGACUUCCAAGAUGAUGGGACUUGUAAGAAUGUCUGUCCCCCUCUUAUGUUGUACGACCCCAAGAGUCACCAGCUUAUCGUCAACCCUCAUGCCAAAUAUAGCUUUGGGGCCACUUGUGUCAAGACCUGUCCCCAUAACUAUGUGGUGACAGACCAUGGGGCAUGUGUGCGUAUGUGCAGCAGUAACACAUACGAGGUGGAGGAGAAUGGCCUCCGCAAGUGCAAGCAGUGCAACGGACCCUGCCCCAAAGUUUGUAAUGGACUUGGAAUGGGGCGACUAGCUGAUGUCAUGACAAUCAACGCAACAAACAUCGACUCCUUCAAAAACUGCACCAAAAUAAAUGGAGACAUUUCUAUUCUGGAGACCUCCUUAAACGGUGACUCAUUUACCAAGACACCAAAGAUGGAUCCUUCGAAGUUGGACAUCUUCAGCACUGUGAGAGAAAUCUCAGGCUUUCUGCUGAUACAGGCUUGGCCUGACAACCUCACCUCCCUCAGGCCCUUCGAAAACCUGGAGAUCAUCCGAGGGAGGACCAAGCAUCAGGGAUCCACGAGUUUGGCCGUCCUGAAAAUCCAGCACCUAGAGCAUCUGGGCCUGCGGUCGCUGCGGGAGGUCAGUGAUGGCAACGUGGUCAUAAUUAACAACCCGCGCCUCUGCUACACGGGCAAGAGCGAUCAUUGGAGGAGGCUCUUAAGGCUCAACAAACAGCUCUCCCGGGUGAGCAACAACGCCAACGACGGAGCCUGCGUGCUACGGAACAGCACCUGUGAUGACCUGUGCUCAGAGACGGGCUGCUGGGGCCCCGGUCCCUCCAUGUGCUUCAGCUGCCAGUACUUCAGCCGCCAGGGCCUCUGUGUGGAGGCCUGCACACUGCUGGACGGGUCUCCGAGAGAGUAUGUGCUGAACAAGACCUGUCUGGAAUGUGACCCGGAAUGCAAGCCGCAGAUUGGCAGCCCGACCUGUUAUGGACCAGGCCCGGACCGGUGUGUGGAGUGCCUCCACCUUAAAGACGGACCCCACUGUGUCCACCGCUGCCCACACAACAUGCCCGGGGAGAACGACCUGCUCAUCUGGAAGUACCCCGACCAGACAGGGGAAUGCCAGCCAUGCCAUGUCAACUGCACACAAGGAUGUAGUGGACCUGGUUUGUCUGGCUGUGAACCAAAAAGUUCCCACAUGCCGAUGGUGGCCACCGGCGUGGUGGGGGGACUGCUCGUGGUUGUCAUCCUCGCUCUCAGCAUCUUCAUCCUCACUCGCCGACGCCACAUCCGCAGGAAGAGGACACUGCGCAGGCUUCUUCAGGAGAGAGAGCUGGUGGAACCUUUAACUCCGAGUGGGGAAGCCCCUAAUCAAGCGCUACUGCGCAUCCUGAAGGAGACAGAGCUCAGGAAGAUUAAAGUACUGGGCUCAGGGGCCUUUGGCACCGUCUUCAAGGGUCUGUGGGUUCCUGAAGGAGAGGAUGUGAAGAUCCCAGUUGCAAUCAAAGUUCUGAGAGAAGUCUCAUCUCCCAAAGCCAACAAAGAGGUCUUGGAUGAGGCAUACAUGAUGGCGAGCGUGGAGCACCCCCAUGUGUGCCGGCUCCUGGGCAUCGGCCUGACCUCCCCCGUGCAGCUCAUCACCCAGAUCAUGCCCUUCGGCUGCCUGCUCGACUACGUCCGCGAGAACAAGGACAACAUCGGCUCCCAGAUCCUCCUAAACUGGUGUGUCCAGAUUGCCAAGGGUAUGAGCUACUUGGAGGACCGCCACCUGGUCCACCGAGAUUUAGCGGCAAGGAAUGUAUUAGUGAAGACUCCCAACCACGUGAAGAUAACCGACUUUGGGCUGGCCAAACUUCUCAGCGCUGACGAGAAGGAAUACCAUGCAGAUGGAGGCAAGGUCCCCAUCAAGUGGAUGGCGCUGGAGUCCAUUCUCCACUGGACUUAUACUCAUCAGAGUGACGUGUGGAGUUACGGGGUGACUGUUUGGGAGCUGAUGACGUUCGGGUCAAAACCUUACGAUGGAUUCCCGGCGAGCGUCAUCUCUGACAUCCUGGAGAAAGGAGAGCGUCUGCCACAGCCGCCCAUCUGCACCAUAGACGUCUACAUGAUCAUGGUCAAAUGUGAGCUCCUAACUAACUACACAUGCACCAUAGACGUCAACAUGAUCAUGGUCAAAUGUUGGAUGAUUGAUGCGGACAGCAGACCACAUUUCAGGGAGCUUGUUGCAGAGUUCUCCAAAAUGGCUCGUGAUCCAUCACGCUACUUGGUUGUACAGGGGGACGAGCGGAUGUGUCUGCCGAGCCCGACGGACACCAGGUUCUACCGGACCCUCAUCAGCACCGAGGGCAUUGAGGGUGUGGUGGAUGCCGAGGAGUACCUGCUGCCCAACAAGGGCUUCUUCAGCAAUGGCCAGCCCGGCACGCCUCACCCACAGCAGCCCCGCCCGGCCACGGUGACUAGCGCCACCACCCGCACAUACACAGCACACGACCGCCGCAGGCACACAGCACCUCCAACCCCUCCCAACACCCCCCCGUCACCUUCACCACCACUGCAUGUGUACACCAGGGCCAGAAAUGGUCACCCAGUUCGAGAGAACAGCAUAAUCCUACGCUACAUCACAGAUCCUACACAUGGACUGCUCGAAAAGGAUAAUCCUCUACCAGAGUAUGUGAACCAGCAAGAGACCGUGCUGUGUGACAUGAUGAACCCAAACUACGAGGACCGCGGAGAGGUUGACAGCCACGGUGUUGACGGCGGUCGCCACGGUGAUGAUGAUGAUGAUGAUGACGACAAUGAAGACGGGUACUGUGAGGUGCUCAGCGGCAAACCGGAAGGGCCGGAGUACCUAAACACGGCCAGGUGUACACUCCCCCGCUCGCUCUGUGCCAACCUGGACAACCCGGACUACCAAGAGGGCUUCCUGCCUCUGGACGGUCCCAGAAGCCUCUUCCUGCCCGCCGCUGAGAACCUGGAGUAUCUGGGGCUGAGCACUAAAGCACAGGCCCCAGCCCGUUAGAGGUCCAGGUACUGGAAGGUAGCAGCAAACUGCAGAUAUGGGCCAGAUUGGGUCAAGGGUCAAGGGUCAGCUGGUACCCAUGUGGGCCCUGGCCUUGGUUUGAAACCGAUUAAGGUCCCAAUCCGGAAUGUCACAAACUUGAAUUUUAUCCAGCAGUGUUAUUUAAGACUUGAUGGACAAGUGUAGGGGUGUAUGAGUGUGUGGUGUGUGUGUGUGGGGGGGGGGAAGAGAGAGAGUUGGUACACCCAUGUGGGAACUGACUUUGAAAUUCAACAAUAGGCCCUUUAAUUUGGCUGCCAGUGAGUCGCAAGCAGCUGGAACCCUCCGGAUAAAUGGGCUCAUCAACUCAUCCACAGGAUAAAGGUGGCGGAUGCUCACUGGCGACCCUUUAACCUCACUCUGAGCCAUGUUCCUCUCCAGAGGAGCUUCUCGUUCUCAGAGAUCAGCAGCGGAGGAAAGGACCUGAACAGAAGCCCGUUGGCCUGGACCCAUCCCUGUUGCUGGCAAAUACACAUGCAGGAGUGCUGAUAGAAUGAAGGCUGUUUUGCAGCAGGUUCAGUUGUUCUGUGAUGAAACGUGAACAGGCCGAGGGGAGUGUACACAACUACAGCUCUACAAGUACUUGAAAUAAUUACCCAUUUCUUCUCCAGAGAUGGCUAUGUACUCAUAAUAGUAAUUCAUUCAAUUUACAAAUAGUUCAACAAACUGGUUUCUUGUUUUCAAGACUCGUAGCAGGACUUGAUACAGGCAACUUCAUGUUCCCAUCUCGUCCAAUGUAGAACAACUCUUGAACCACAGACAAUUGUUAAGAUGUUACAUUUUUCAGUCUAAGUAGAUUUUUAGAUGUUCAACUGUGAAAUUGGUACAAAAAUGUGUUUUUUGAUGUUGUUUACUUGUGUACAAAGUAUUCACAGAAUGUUGUAAUAGUAGGGUUUUUUGGAAUGUCAUUUUGAAGCAGUAUUAUUGUUAUUCAGGGACUGAUUUUUAACAGGCAAGCAAUAUGUUCUGGACAAAUCUGUAAAGUAAGCAAGGCCACCUAAUAGCACAGCAGAGUAAGCAUACAUAACUAUUAAUUAUUCAAUCAAAGUCACUUUCAGCACAAAGCCUUCAAUAAUGCAAGGGGCACACUGCAAGAAAACAACACUGUAUUGAGUUUGUGAAUGAACAAUGGGACAGUAAUGGACAAAUAUAGCACAGGUAGCAUUUUUAUCAUUAAAACACUCUGACGUGACCUUUCCCAAUUCCAAAUUUCUCAGAGCUGUGGCGUGAUUGCAUUGAUGCUGAAGAGAACUCACUGACCAUGGAGGGACUUUGACAGAGCUGUGAUUUCAGCACAUUUUACACUGAAAUAUUCUCAAUAUAAAUAAAAUAUUGCAUUUUAUGAACUAAAGGAGAAAGAUUGAAGACAGAGUAGCAUUAAAGCUUUUAACUAUCCUACAAAACCGCAACCAGGAUUACAAAUAGAAAAAAACAUACUGACUCAAAAACGGCAUAUUGAUACAUUCUGAUUGACAUUAGUGUAAAUAGAGAUUUACAUAUUAUGGAUGCAUUUCUGUUCAGUGUGAGUAUCCAGAAUAGUUAUCCUUCAAUCACAUGUUAAGUGUUGUUAAUACAUCGUCUCAAUUUGCCGUUCCUGUUGUUUGUUUCCUACAAACAAGAGAACGUGGAUGGAAAUGGUCUUGUAAAAACAGUUUACCUAAUAUGUAUACCAAAGAUCUGGCUCGGUUUCACCGACAGUUUCUAGCAACUGGUGUGUUUUUAGGGAUAUGAUAGAAAGCACAUUCAAAUAAAUUGAAUUAUUCAGUUUCA